UGAUAAUUUUGAAUUCCAUUUCCAUAUAUAAUUAUUAAUAAUUUUUAGGUAUGUUCAAAAUCCAGACGACAAACAAUUCCCAGAAAAUUGCCAAAUCCUCCACUUAAACAAUGAAAGAUUCACUGUACCAGAACUCUUAAUGCGCCCUUCAAACAUAGGCAUGCAAUAUAUGGGGAUUCCAGAAGCCGUAGCGAAAUGUAUUGAAUUGUGCCCCGAAAAUGAGCGCCAAACGCUCAUGAAUAAUAUCGUAUUAAUCGGGGGAAAUGCAAAUUUCCCUGGAUACAAAGAACGACUUUAUGCGGAUAUUCGAUAUUUAACACCUUGCCAUUUAUCGUUAAAUAUUCAUCUCCCAGAAAACCCCAUUUUAUAUCCUUGGCAAGGUGGAAAAACCCUCUCUCGAAGUAAGCACUUCCAGUCCAUGGUUGUGACAAAAUAUGAUUAUGAAGAAUAUGGAUCAAAAGUAACUUACAAAAAAUUUAGUGAUUGGUUAACCGCGGAAGUACCUGAACCAAAAAUUGAAGUAAAACCAAAGAAAAUCUCUAUUUUAGACAACUUAAAAGGAUUGGACGUCUUCGGGAAAUGCGGUGAUGAUUCCCAAGAAGUUCCAACGCUGCGAAAAUCGCCAGUAUUAAACCAAAGUAUCGAACAUCACCUCCAACCCUUGAUAGCAACCCCGGUUUUAAAUAAACAAGAACACAUAACUUUACCGGAGAAUGCGUCCAUCACAGUGUUACCACGCGAAAAUGAAUCUACACAAACGAUUGAAAUUAAAAAGAACUUUAUUCCGAUUACAGCGAUUAGAUUAAAAUCGAAUGUGGUAUCCACUUUGCGAUUUAUUCCCAUUGGCGAAGUUUUAAAGGGAAACGCGAUUCUUGGCAAUAUGAAAUUGAAAUAGUUCAUUUUUUUACUUUUCUUUUUAUUCGACUUUUUAUUUGCGGGCGCAAUUUUAGAUAAAAAAAUGUAAUAUCACAACAAAAAAAUGUUGCUGUUUGUAAAUAAUAUUUCCGUACAAAAAAAUAAAUAAAUAGAAAACACACCUGAAACAAUUGGUCAAUUUAACGGAUUCAAACGAAAUUCGCUUGUUGUUCCUUUUACGUUGUAUACAUUACUUAAUCUUUGUAUAUAUACAUUAUAAUAAAAAAACAA